AAACAAACAAAUACAAUAUGCAUUAGUCUUGUAACAUUUUGUAUGAAUAUAAUAAUCGAUACAGUGUAUAGUGUGUAGCAUUUACUAUUAUGAUACAAUACUGUAAUUAAAUACUACAUUUAUCUUACGUAGAAUAGUAUUAUAUAUAGUGGUACGUAGGAAAUUAAAUAGUUUACUAAAAAUUUAUCGCAUAAACUUUGUGAAAUUAAGCGAAUUUCACUUUUGCGGUGUAACCUUGAAGCCUUUACAAUACGACGGUGGUUCUGAACUUAAUACGUGUGCGGGAGUCUGUGCAUAACACAGAUUUCUCACAUGUGCUAUGACAAAACAAGACAGCAGUACUGUACCGUGACGGAAUGUCACUUUUGUAUUUUAACAAAAUUGUGGUGAAGGUUUAAAAUUCUUUUGAGUUUUCGGUAUGCUUAGUGAAAAAUACUAGAGGAUUUAAAAAACAACCACUAUUUUAUCAAUAAAAAAAAGAAAGAAAGAAAGAAAGAAAGAAAAAAAAAGAAAACAAAUGGGAUAGCCUACAUAUAAAUAGUGAACGACUUGUACAACAGCAUUGCAGGAACUUUCAUUGGAUUAAAAACAAUUUAAAAUUUCAUAAUGGAUGAUGAUGAAGAUUGGAAUGUCCCUACUAAAAUUAGUUCAAAAUUAUUGCAACAAAGUAAUAAUUCAACUACUCAUCAAACAUUAAAAAUUACUGAUGGUUACAAAUAUAGUUAUGAGGCACUUUCAAGUCCAGCAAAUAUUGAUGAUUGGACCGAACCUCCUUCUUAUGGAGGAACAAGACGAUCUAGUGGAUAUCCUCAAAAUUUAUUGAAAGACAAUAAUAGAUCAUAUAGGAAUGAAAAAAUUAAUGUUAAUAAAAGGUUUGAUUCAGUGAAGAGUAAUGAUAACUUUUCAAACAAAAGUUCACAUAGAAAUUUUAGUAUGUUAAAAUCAAAUCAUUAUUCAAAUAGAAUGCAAAAUGUAGAUUCGAUGAACGACUGGGAUACUUCAGACAAUACAGUUAAUCAAAUUAAUGGUUCUUGGAAAGGGAACGUAAAUAUUUCAGUAAAUAUUGCUUCAGAAGAUUGGGAUACUACUGCGGAGUCUAUGCCACAAAAUCAUAAAUCUGUUCCAAAUGCAGAUUCAAAUGCGUCAAUAAGCAAUACAAAUAAAGAUAAGCUUUGGGAUCAAAUGAAUGAAACAUCUUCAAAAAAAAAAUCGUCUUCUGAAUUAGAAAUUUAUAAUUCAGAUUCAUUGGUACAUAGUUCAGAAUUAAGAAAUUCUAACAAUAUGAAUGAGACUUGGGAUGCAGAUCUUUCGAAUCAGUCUACAUCAAAUACUUCUAGAAACGGUUUUACAAAGGACAUUCCCCUUUACAAUCCUAAUAAUAUGAAUGGACAGUCUUAUUCUAAUAAUUUAUUUAACCAAAGAUAUGAAAAUAAUUAUCAUUCAAAUAAACAAGCACAUUCGAGAAAUUUUGAAACAAGCGAUCGUUUUAACAGAGAUUCUUACAGUCGACAUUCCCGUGGUAAUAGUAAUUUUUUUAGACAUAGUCCAUAUGAAAGGGGUAGUAGAGGUAGAGGUGGUAGAGGUGGCAGAGGCGGUAGAAAUAGUAGAGAUGGCUCUUAUCAAUCUUUUCAUUCACGCGAUAAUUCAAGAAAUAGUGGAGAUAGAAGAGAUGGUUCGUUUCAACACAACUCUUAUACCAAAAAUAGAAAUAAUGAUAGAACUUCAUAUCAACCACCAUCAUCUUCUUUUAAAAAUACUACAGUUGAAUCAGAAGAAGAUUGGGACUCACCAAGUGGCUUUGUAGAGAAACGCACAGAAAAUAAUGAUCUACCUCCCACAGUUCUUUCAUCUGUUGAAACCGUAGAAGAGUCAUGGGACUAAAUUUAAAAUAAAUAUUAACUCAAGUGCCUAAGACCUUUUUUAUGUAGUCAAUUAAACAAAUUGCCAUUCAUAAGCCAUAUUAUGAUUGAAUAAAGUUCAGACUUUAUGAGGAACUAUCUAUAGAAUUUCCAAAGAGACAAAUUUAAAUUUAAAUAAUCUUUAUCUCAUUCAAGUGA